CUCAACGCUACCAAGGAUUUGAGUGCGCUGAGCGAGACAGUGUUAUAUGUUGUCGUAAACAAUCUUCUAGAACCUCGGUCCGCGGCGGUCUCGACCUGGGUCUGCAUUCGUUUCGCUCUGUUUCCGAGUUACACAACAAAAGGCGAAUGUCUAGGCAACAAUUUAUAAUUACGUUGCACUGAGCGCGAUCUCUUUGUUCUUGCACGUUGUCCUACCGAAGCGACGCAUGAUACCUGCUACAGUACAUAAGGUUGACCUCCAAACGAUGGAAAAGUACGCUCCAGUCCUCUCUCUCAUAGUCCUAGUUUCUUUCGCGCACGGUCUCGCGACAUUCGAGCAGGCUCUCGCUUCAUCCAUUUUUUGAACCCGAUACUUUUACGCAGUUGGUCCAACCAUGUUAGCCGAUAUUUCAAAAGGCACUAUCCUAUACUUCACCCCUGUGCUCAUGCUCACAGCAUUCCUACUCUCAUUGUUUUCGUACCUUGCCCCGACUGUCAUGUUGCAUAGCCAAGUCGCGCUGCUUACAGUCACACCUUCCUCUGCCUUGACGCAGCCCGGAUCUAGCAAAGCAGUGGAUGGUCCCAGCAUGUUCCUUGGACCUUUAGGAUCGUGCUCUCGACCAAAUAAUGCAGCUGGUCUGACGUGUAUGCCAUCUUCCAUAUCUCCCAUCUAUAACACUUCGGUGUUUACAUCUAACACCCCCAGCUCCGUCAUAUCGGCCCCACCGGAAGCUGCACCAGCCUUCAUCGCAAUUUCCCUUGUAUUGUCCGCGAUUUUCUUCGUCAUGUUUACAGCAAUAUCAUUCCGUCACCUGAUGGGCAAAGCUGGUGCUUUUUGGGAAAAACCCAUGGUGCAGCGUAUCUCCGCAUGGAUUGGGAUGUUUGCGUUCUUGAUUGGUCUCGGAUCUACUCUCAUCAUUUUUAUGUGGUUUGGGAAGGCCGCCGAUGACUUUAAUCAAAGUAUCCAGGGUCAAGGAAGCAAUGGUCCCCAACUGAUCGCCACUAUUGGCAACGCAUUCACGAUGAUUUGGGUGGCAUAUGCAUUCUUUUCCAUUCCUGUCGUUGUUUCAUUGGCUAAAUUCCAUGUCCUUGCUACGAAGUGAUGAUAAACGAGUUUAUCCAAUCUAUACGGACAUAGAAUUCUUUCUUUCCGCUCUUCAUCUAGGAUGUAUACUUAUCCAUAGUUGCUCACUAUCGUUGUAUCCAUAAUGGAAGUUGUUACCCGUGCCCUUGGUAAAUUCAUCUAGCUACAGGCGUGAACCAGCGGCUUGCAACCCAGAUCAGCGCACGAGGUACAUUUACUAUUGCACUGUUGAUAUAGACCGGCCUUGAAAUUGAAAUUG